GCAUUGGAGGGAAGGAUCUAGCAUAGUGCAUGUAUGAAGGGAGAAAUGGAUCUUCAGAAUUUUGACAACAAAUGGCGCCAAUGCCUCAGCUUUGGAGAAAGAGAUUGGUCCGGAACAAUUUCCAGUCAAUGAGCACUAUUUUGGUUUGGUUAAUUUUGGGAAUACAUGCUACUGCAAUUCAGUUCUUCAGGCACUUUAUUUUUGUCGACCAUUUCGAGACAAAGUCUUAGCAUACAAGAGUCAACCAAGAAAAAAAGAGAAUCUCCUUACAUGCUUAGCUGAUCUCUUCCACAGUAUAGCCACCCAGAAGAAAAAAGUUGGAGUAAUACCUCCCAAGAAAUUUAUAACAAGAUUACGAAAAGAAAAUGAGCUUUUUGAUAACUACAUGCAGCAGGAUGCACAUGAGUUCUUAAACUAUCUGUUAAAUACAAUUGCGGAUAUCUUGCAAGAGGAAAGAAAACAAGAGAAACAAAAUGGUCGCCUACCUAAUGGCAACAUCGACAAUGAAAAUAACAGCCCACCAGACCCGACCUGGGUUCAUGAAAUCUUUCAGGGAACAUUGACUAAUGAAACCAGAUGUCUUACAUGUGAAACUAUAAGCAGCAAAGAUGAAGACUUCUUAGACCUUUCAGUUGAUGUGGAGCAGAAUACUUCAAUCACUCAUUGUUUAAGGGGUUUCAGCAAUACAGAAACUCUGUGCAGUGAAUACAAAUAUUACUGUGAAGAAUGUCGCAGUAAGCAAGAAGCACAUAAAAGGAUGAAAGUAAAAAAGCUGCCUAUGAUUCUAGCUCUCCAUUUGAAGAGAUUUAAAUACAUGGAUCAGCUGCAUCGAUACACAAAACUCUCUUAUAGAGUAGUUUUUCCUUUAGAGCUUCGUUUAUUUAACACCUCAGGAGAUGCCACCAAUCCUGACAGAAUGUAUGACCUUGUUGCUGUGGUAGUUCAUUGUGGAAGUGGCCCUAACAGAGGACAUUAUAUUGCAAUAGUGAAGAGUCAUGAUUUUUGGUUGCUUUUUGAUGAUGAUAUUGUUGAGAAAAUUGAUGCACAAGCUAUUGAAGAAUUCUACGGGUUGACAUCAGACAUCUCAAAGAACUCUGAGUCUGGUUACAUCCUCUUCUAUCAGUCUCGGGAUUGAGGGGGAACUGUAGUGAAGAGAGAUUUUUAUGUCUCACAUCUUCCCUAUCUUGGAAUGGAGCAAGCACUGAAAAAAAAGAAAGCAGGGAGCUCCAGGGGCAGUAGCACAGUUUGCACACAACUAAGCAAAGAGUUUGGGAUUCUUAAAACCUUUGUGUAAUUUUCAUUUUAUUUGCUCAGGUAUCAUGCUGACUACACAUCUCCACUGCAUCCCAUAAGCAAAAAGAGAUACCAGCCACUCUUGCAGGAGCUUUCCGUUAGGUAAUACUAUCUCUGUGGUCCUAAUUCAAAGCCCAUUAAGGUCACUGGAGAACCUUUCAUGGACUUCAGUGGAAUUUGAAUCACAUUCUAACUGCACUGCCAGAUUGGUGCAAUAGGAGCAUUAGAAAUCUGUAUUUUUUACAGACUUUGUGUAUAAAAGAUAAAGGACUCUUUGUGAACUUAGAUUCCUGUGCUUAAGUUUAGAAGAAUGAGGUUGGGAGGGUUAAGAUGUAAGCAAGAAGAUAUAACUGGGCCCAACACAAUUGCCUUCUUGAUGGUAGUAGUUUAACUGAAGAUAUGAACUGGUGUCAGGGAGGCAAGUAUGUUUUGCUUCUCUGAAGAAGCUUACGUUAUUUAUAAUGUAUGAUCGGGAACAAUCAGUCAAGAUUAUGGCUUUUAAUCUCCGUAUGGGGAAAGAUUUGGUUUGUAAUAGUUUAUUUUUAUUUAUAAAUUAUUGUAACUUAGGAUCUUGUGUAUUGUCCUUUAUUCUAACAAGUAUUGGAAAUUUUAUAUAUCAAUUUGAAUUAAAACUAAUUAUGUUUAAAUGUUAAAGAAGAGCCAAUAUAAAUUCUAAAAACAAUGACUACAAUAUCUGUAAAAAAUGAAUAACACAGAAGCGAGAUUUCCUUCUGGAGGAACUGGUAUCUAAGUGAGGUACUUUAUUUAAUUAAAUUAGAAUGUCCUCCUUCCAUUAAUGGGUGAAAAAAAGUGAUCAAAUGAUUACAUAGAAGACUUUAAGAGCACAUAUCGUAAGAAAAUGAUGGUGCAGUGGUGGUAUACUGGUCUUUAUAGUUCUUUAAUAAUUUGUUAAUGGUUCAUAUUCUAGGAAAAUUAGAAUGAUUUGGAUCAAAGUACACCAUUUAAAGAAUAUUAUUCCCUCUCCUAAAAAUGCAUCCACUUCUGUUCCCAAUGGCGUGGGUGACUAUCUCAAAACCCACUCAAUGUCUCAAGUAUAAAUUACAUCUGAGUAAUAAGGAGAAAUAGGCUUGGAAUUUCAUGAGACUGAAGAUACCACAUUCCUUUAAAAGUAAUAAUACUUAAGUCCUGCAGAGUGAAAAUUUCUGAAACUAGGCAGUUUACCUAGCUUUAGGUUUAUGAAACAGCAUUAAGAAUUAAAUCUUGACAAAACACCUGAUCUGUAAGAAAUGUGAACUAUUGUAAUUUGACAUUCUUCCACUAACCAGUGUGUUGUCUGACAGUAGCUGAAUGUAAUUUCUGGAAAGUCAUGGGAUGUGCAUUCCAGAUUAUGGCAAUCAGGUCUUGGAUGUCCUUGUCACUCCCUCUUCAGCUAGCGAUUUUUACAUUGUUGUAAUUUUCUAAGGUUAUUUUAUUGAUACUGUUACAACUUUUAAAAAGAAUGUCUCCUGUCUGCUGCUAUAACUGACUAUUUACUUACCUGUAUCUUUUAGCUCAGGAAAUGACUUCACCUAUUCAGUCAGUUGAACAAAUCUUUAACAGGGUCACUAAAUAAAUUGGGCUAUUUAGCAACUGUCAUACUGUAACAAAUUGCUUUUGUAAAAUGCAAAGUUUCUAAAACCUUGGUUUGGCUAGAAUUCUUUUAUAGAAAAUUAUGUAUCAUGACUAAACUACCAGCAUUGUGAAGUAAAGCUUAAAUAUUGUGUGAGAUGCAGAAAAUAUGAUUAGAUUUUUCUUAAAGGAUUCAAAUAAUUUAAAAACUUUUCAGCUUUCAGUGGGAAAAAGGUUAAGGGUUGAAUCAGUUGGAUAAUUGUGCAUGUUAGAAGGAUGAAGUCCUUUGCAUACUAAAGGUACAGUAUUGUAAAAGAACUGUUGCAUUACUUUUUGCUAAUUGAAAAUGUUCGGGGUUUUUUUUUUUUUCUUUUUUUUACUUUUUUUUUUUUGUGUGUGUGUGUAUGUGUAGUUAAAAGCUGGGGCUAGUUACUAAAUAUUUUAUACCCUAACAAAAUUUAAAACAUUUUUGUUGUUUCACUGGUUUUACUCCUGCUAUGUAUUUUUAUAAGAUACUGACUUUUAUUUUGUAUAGGGUUUUUGAGAUAGUAUUCCAAAUUAUAUAUUUCAUUUUUCUUUUAGUGCAGCUGAAAUAAUUGUAAGUUCCUAAUUAAACUGAUAUCAGAAACUGCAACUUAAAAAAAAAUGAAAAGAGGCAGGGAAGUACAAAAUAUAACUGAUCAGUAUGUAAAACAUUAUAGGAUUUUUUCUUGGCUGUAAUACAGUGGGGAGUGUGGGAAAGUCGUCAGUUGUUGUAAAUGGUGGAAAUUAUUUGCUGUGUAACUAUGUAAAUGUUAAUUGGGACUACAGUCCCUUAUUUUGUAUAUUGGAGCAAAAAACUUCUAUUAAAUAAAGUAUGUUCUCUAAAGGUAAGUACUGUAUCUUUUGUGGAGCCCGAAUGGUCAGUCAGCUGCCUUUUGUGCUUUUCAGUGUUUUCAAACCUAAAAAGUAUCUGGAAUUUCCUGUAUUAAGCUAAGUGCCCUGAGCCAUGGAGGGGGAAGUGUGUUUAAAUACACUGCAUUAUAUAUCUUUCUAGAUGUGUUGUUAUGAAAAUAGUUUGGUGGCAGCCAUGUUUUUGGUGGUCUACUUCUCUAGAAUUAGUUUUUAAGUAAGUUGUUGGUUUCUGAGGUAGAGGAGAAGGAAGUGUUUUGAAAUACUGUUUUUUCUUGACUUCCAUUUCCUCAAAAAAAUCUGUACCUUGCUAUAAAAUAUGCAUCCGAGUUACCUAAGGGAUUUCUUGGAUCACCACCUUGUGGGAGGGAAAACAGAAGGAAAGAAAAAUAGGAGUGUUUACAGCACUAACAAACGAGAGAGACUGACUGAAGAACGAGAGCCCAGCAUCAGAAAGAAAAGAUGCAGCUGGUUACAAUUUCCAUGUAUGAUUUGGUGUCAAGUAAUUCCUCACUUGGAGCAUACGCUACUGUUUGUAAUGAAUAUAUGUACUUACGGUUUUACAAACGGUUCAUACCCUGCCAUGUUUGUGGUUGUGAUGACCACAUGCAUAGCCUUUCAUUGCAUGGGAGUGGUGGCUUUUAGGUGUUCAGGUACUCGUAUGAAUGGCUAAAUGGAAUUGUGUUUUCAGAAGUUAGUCAUAAAUCAGAUUGCAUAUCUUUAGGUGACAUUCAGGUGUUAGCACAUAGGGAUUUGAUGCCGCUUCAGAUCUUGUGCCAUACCCUUCGAUGCCUGCGUAGGGCUGGCAGGUAUAACACAAGAUCCACAGAAGAUCUACGUCCUUCUGGAGCGGCAGCUUGACGUCAGACGGGACAUCCUGGCUUGUUCCCCGUGUCUCUGUCUCGGUGUUUCCACAAGCAUUAUUGCAUAUGCACUGUUUGGAUCACGUACAGAUGAAAGUCUGUAUUGCUUAGUUACUUUUUUUGUAGUGAUGUUUGUAAAGUUUAAAACCUGAAGUAUCUGAGGCCUCUAGUUACUUUCAUAAUUCCCUUAUUAAAAUUAAAGGAACCUUAUCUUGUGCUAUUUGGUCCGGUCUCUCAGCUGUAGGUUUAAGAUGAUCAUGUAUAGUCUUAUUAUUAAGCUCAUCAUUGUAACUAACACAAAUUUUGCUAUGCGAAAUCUUCAGUCUUCGUUUACCAGAACUUACUUAGCUUUGUUUCUUCUUACCUUUUUCUACAGAGAUUUCCAAUUGCCCUUACCAGAAAGAUCUUAACUGUGUACAGUUAAUGUCGGAAACAGAUCCUCAUAACUUUCCUCAUAACUUUUUUCAGAACUGUUCAUUCAAAAUUAGUAGUUUUCCCUUAGCAUACUAUACCUCCACAACAUGGAUUAUAAAAAAAAAAAAAAACAGGGAUGAAUUCUCUUACACAUAAAGCUUUGUCUACUUACACACAUGAAGAGGUGAUGUCUUUUUUUUUCUGUUUAACUGCUGACUUUGUUCAAUGACAGAAUUCAGCUUGGGCAGAAAGACUGAGAGUGGGGACUUCUAGAAAGUGUUGAAAAUGCAUCAACAACUAAGGGGCCAAAAAGAGUUGGGUGGUGGUUUGUUUGUUUGGGGUUGGUUUGUUGGUUUGGGUUGGGGUUUUUUUUUUCCCUUAUUUAAGUUGCCUGAGAGCAGUUAUUUGAAACUGUAUUCAUAGAUUAAACCAGCAGUACAUGUAUCUCUUCAGUUACCUUUAUCUGUAAGAGGAGAAAACUUCCUUUCAGUACAUGUUAAUAAUCUGUGGCCUGCAGUGUUAUAUUGCAGAUGCUUUUGUGACUUUUUUCUAAAAGUUUAAAUAAUCCAGAUAUGGUUUGUUUGCUUUCAGAGAGUGGCUUUACAGUGUAAGCUGUCCGCUGCCCCCCCCACAUUUGUCUGGAUUGAUCUUAAGUUUAUGUGUCUUAGAAACUCAGUCUUUGUUUUCCCUCAUGAUAAUGCAAUAUGCACAUUUUGUUUUCUGUCUUGUAAGGCUUCAGAGUCCUCUGACCUCUCACAGCAUAAUGUGAGAUAUAUAAUACAUUAGUCUCAACAUGCAAGCCUCCAAGUACUCAAUUAUUACUGAAAUUAAUGUUCUACAUAAUCUGUAUUCAAGGGUUGUUCAUCACUUUGCAGCAGCUUUGCUGCUGAUUGAUUGUCGUGAAUGAACUAUGCAAGUCAACUACUGUGCAAAGAAACACAGUCUCAUCUUUUAAAUACAGAGAUCUCUGGAAUCUAUUGUUUCCAGUUUUAAUGAUAGAGUGUAGUGAGCCAGAAGUAAACUUUCUUUGCUCUGUAUUCAAAAAUGUCUGCAAAAUUGUCUGCCUCUUACUUUUUUUUUUUUUUUUUUUUUUUUUUUUUUUUAGUGAGUGAGUUAAUUUUUAGGCUAAACCUAAGAAUCUGCUAUUAUAGUUGAUGAAUCCCUUUGGGGGAACUUGUGCAAGAAUGGAUAUAUAAGGAGGAUUGUUUGCAGACAUCACCAGUUUUAAUAUGACCUGAGUAAUAUCUUCCAGUUUCUUCCCCAAAGUACAAAUAAAUUAUAUUUUCUCUUUCCCUCUAAUGGCUUGUGAUUGCUGCCUGCAUAAGAGAUUGUCAGGGCUCAGAAAAGGGCAAGGUACUUUCUACAUAGCUCUUUGUACAGAACUCUUGUUGGCAGCAUUAGGGAGCUUUAAUUACAGAAGGAUCAUCAGUCGUGUCCUUGAUCUGCAUUCCGCAGGUUAUGUAAUCCAGGAGAGAAAACACAUAGCAGGAUCUGUUAGAGAAUAGGGAGAAGUAGCUUUACAGUUAUUUACUAACAUACUAAAUAUAAAAGCAGCAUUUCCUAAAAGAUAAAAUGUUACAUUUAAUAAAGAUUUCUGGUGUUUGGAGAAUUUAGGGGGUGCUCAAAACAUCCUGCUGUUCUAGGGUUUUGUUGCUUAUUAGAGUCAUGCCUCUGUGUUUGUGUUUGAUUUGCUAUUUAAGCCUAUAUUUGAAUUUUCCAUCUGUACACAAAUUUGUUAGGUUGAUAUGAUUGUGAGUGCUCCUCCAGAAACAAUUUAUGCAUAUGUCAAUCAAAUGGAAUAUAGUCUUUUAACAGUCUCAUCUACAAAGCAUCUUCAGCUAUUCACUAGGAUUCAUUUUUUUAUUUUCUGUUACUGAUUUUAAGUUAGAAGAAAUUUAAGAUCUCCAAGUAUUUUAUUACCAUGCUAUAUCAUUAAGUGAUUCAAUGUCCAUGGAUGCCUAAAAAAUCUUACUGCUGUCAAGUAUGGGCUGUUCAGAAUUUGAAUGUCAUCACAUUGUAACACAAGUUGCUACGGAUCAACUGCUCUGAGCUGUGAUCGUUACGUUAUUUCAACUCUGUUUCACUAAAUGUUGCUUUAUGGUAAUGGCUGCUUUAAUCAGCUCUGAUGAGAUGUGCUAACGACAUUCAGCUCGAGUUGCAUAUUUUCAUGCGUGCACAUUUAUUUGUGUUUCUAGAAGCUGAUUAUCCUAAUGUUAUGUCACGUCAGUCUUCUCUCUGCAUCUUUCAUGUCAAGGAAGACUGCUGAUACGCAGCUACAGGCAGUGUUUGCUAAAUUACUGAGUUGUAUUUCAGAGAGGAGAUCAAUGUUUAAGAUUUUUGCACUGAAAAUAUCUAGAGCUUUUUGUCUUCUAAUCGUCAUGCCUCUCUGGUGAAAGUACUCUUCAAUAUCAAAAACACCUUUUUAGACUCACGGCACUGAACAAAUACAACGUUGGUAUACCCCUUUCUUCCUUUUUUUAAGGAGACUGUGAAAGGCAUUCAGUGUUUCUUCCUAAGAUUGUUACAGAACCAGAAGCAUAUUUGAAAAAGGAAACAUUUGUUUUAUACAAGAUACCCUUUGAAUUAUUUUUCAGUUUGCUUAGAGUCCAGUGGGGAGGCAUGGCGAUAUUACAGAGAGCGCUUUCAGAAUGAGUAGCAGGUUAUGUCAAGACCCAUUAAGAGCUAGAUACCAAAGAGGUGUCACUGUGUUUGCUCAUCCCAGUGGAUUCUAGCAGGACCCAAAUUCUGCAGAGCAGCUGCCAAGAACCUUCAGUGAAUACCUACAGAAAACUGCAUUCAGCAGGACUGUACUAGGAGCCUUGCAUAUGCUUAGCGAGACUGGCCGCUGCUCCUUUUCAUUCCAUUUUUUCGGAUAAAAGGGAGACCAUUUUGAAGAUACAGUUUUGAUAUGUAUGGGCUGUAGGGUUUUUUGCGAAAAAAUUGUUAGCUUUUCCUGAAUUGUAGAGUGUUAGGGGGAGGGACUACAGGUUGAGAUCAAGAAGUGUGUUCCACACAUAUAUCACAACACCAGUUGGCCUCUUUUUUUCUAUAUAUUGCAUAUAGAAAAAAUCAUAAUUCAGCAGAGGAGAAAUGAGACAAAAGUGACUGUAGUUCCUAAGCUGUCUUUUGUCUUUCUUCAUUAGUGGGAUUGUGUGUGAGAUAAUACAUAUUUGGGGGAAAAAAAGGUUAAAAAAGAACUUGGGCAUUUAAAAAAAAAUACAGUGCAUGAUAAUUUUGUGCUUCAGUGAGUAAUAGUAAUUGUUAAAGCAGUGAAACACUGGUUUUGGCCACUUUUAGUAACUUUUAAAAAUAAUAGCAUACUGAAAGCUUAUUAGUAAGGACUAGAGUGAGAUGGAAAAAAGCCCCAGAGACUUGAAAUCUUCUAAAAACAAUGACCAUCCUACCAGAUUGGAAGAAAAAAAAAAAAAAAAAAAAAAAGCUGUUUGUACAGACUGCCCCUAUUACCCUGCAUUAUACAGAUUACCAGCCUGCACUAUGAGCCUGCGUGUCCAAAAAAUGGCAUCUCCUGGUGUUUAUGCUGUAUGUCAGAUAUAUCUGCAUACAUCAGAAGAUGCAGCUGUUCAUUCAACAGAAGACUUCCAUAAAGAACAUACCUGUGAUAAUAGUUACAGCACAUAAAUAUUUGUCUGUAACUGCACAAAUAUCAACCUCAGUUUUGGAAAUUGAGAAAGAAUAAUGUGAAAACACAGCUGCCAUGUGUCCCAAAAAAAAAGAAAUCUUGGGUUUGUGGGGACGCUGAGUGUCAUUCUCCAGAGUCCUGAAUAAUCCAGUCCCACUUUGGUGUUUCGCUUCAAGAAAACCUGUGUGUUUCAAAGAGCUGCCACAAAUCUUCCCUGGAGGACCCCGGCUUGCCACUUACUCUGCUGCAGUCUAGCGUUGCAGCCACCUCCAUGAAGUGCACAUAAAAAUUCUAUCUUAUAAAAGAUUCCUUGCAAAAUGAGAGGUAAGACUGGGUAGAAGGCUACAUAAGCUUGGUUGCCUGCUCUUCUACUUGUGUGCAAUAGGUACGGCAGCGUGUAGGAGUUACGCGUAUCCUUGGUGGGAUAUUCUAGUCAUCCUUGUUCUAACUUGCUCUGUUUGGUGAUUUCUAACUGAGGGGCAUUUAGCAUCUGCUCAUGAAGAUUAUCUCAUUAAACCAUUAUCUGAUUCCAAUUUCCAUUGCUGGCAGGGCAUGGAUAGAAAGCACUUCCUGAUGUUUCAUGGCUAUUUAUGUAAGUACUAAGAGCAGCACUGCAUUUUCUGUUUAGUUCCCUCCAGGGCUGGGUAAGAUCGUAGGGGUCAGCAUGCGGGGAGAUUACAAAAAUCCAAUUAAACAUUGAAUUUAAUAGGAGUUACAUGUUUUAAAUACCUUUGUCGAUAAGGACCACAGAUAGUAUAGUGCAAAAGCUGUAGUAAUUCCUGUGGAAGCAAGGAGUGCUGGAAGUUUAUGGUCUUGAAUAUCUGAGAGAACAAAACUUUCAAGUGCUCUGUAAGAGCAUAUGGACUCUCAAAAAGCAACAUCUCUCUCCAAGCAUUGUCUUGGAGAUGCUGAUUCAAUGCAGAUGACUUACCUUUUCUGGUGAAAUGAAAAGUGAUGAAGCAUUUUUUCCAUUCUGUAAGCAAGGCCUACAUGGAUUUUGAGACUGGAGAUGUUUUUCAUUGAAUAUUAGUUUGAUGUUUUGUGAUUAAUAACUUACUGCAAUGCUUCUUAUAGGUGAUUAAGUUUGGUGAAUUAAAGUUCUAAGUCUCCCUGUAUCAAUGCUGGUUUCCCAUUUUUGCUGUUAUUUUUUAAAUUAUAGUAAGGAAGAUGUGGAGAUUAGAAGUCAGCUGUCACAUUAACAUUCCAUUUAUUUGGCAGAUUAGUCUGUUAUGGUUGUCUAGAUAAUUAUAUGUAAAUCACUGACUCUUGCUAAUGGCCAACUUGAGGGUUUUUUUCCACAAAUCUGUCAGUUCUUGAAUGUUUCUCCUAAAGCAUGAGGAGGAAUUAAAAAACAUUUUGACAUAUUCGUGCAUAUGUAAACUGAAUGUAGACAUGCAAAUGCUUAAACUGCAGUAUCUAAAUAUGUAUGUUUUCAAACUGCUACUUCUAUACUGGAAAACAGGCUAUGUAUUCAAAAACAAAAACUUCUGAAAUGCAAUUCCUGAAGCUAAUUGUCUCAAUACGAUUUAAAAUUCUACUUGUCUUCUGAAUAUAUUUUCAGUGUUAACCGUAAAAGUCCCCUGAAAUGAAAAGAAGCUACAUAAUCUCAAUGUCUUUGGGAAGGUCAUUAUAAUGUAGAUGCCUAAUACAGAGUUGGAAGCCUAACUUUUUACAUAGAGUUGACAAUAUUGGCCUCACUUAUUAAUAGAAGUUUUCAGUAGCUUCACAUAAGGUAAAGAAGCCAUCUCAUGGACGGUGAUGAAAAUCUACAGUUCCAUAUAACUGAAAAGAAAUUUUUGCAUUAUUAAAUCCUAAUUUUCUUAAAAUCACUGGAGCUAGUAAUGGCAAUGGUCAAAGCGUUAGGAAUGUUCUAAGUGUGGCAUGACAGCAUAGCAUAUUCAAAGCUAUGUGAGCAUAGAUUUGGGUUUAUGGAUGAUUAAUGCUAUUCAUACAAAAAUACUAACAUCAACAGCAAGAGCUUUCACAUACUAUGUGUGGGAGAGAAGUUCUAUCUUCUUUAAAUAGUCUUUUGAAAACAGUCUUUGCUCAUAACUUUACUGUGCUCAGUUAAUUGCACAAAUCUCUCACCAGAAUUUAAUCUAGUCUCCUUCAGAUACCAUUUGGGGCUUGCAGAAAACACUCACAAUAAAUUUGGAUGCCUUUAUAAAUUCAAAUGAAUGAGUUUCAAACUAAAACUGAGUUGAAGAAUGCAGCCAAACUUCGUUAUGAUUAGUUCAUUCACAGUUCACUAAUAGCUCUCUUAUUACAUACAGAAUUUUAAAUCUUCAAAACUGAAUUAAUAAUACUUGGAGAACUGCUUAUUCUGUUUUCUUAUACUGCGGACCUUAGGGGUUUUGGUUUCGAUAAGCAUACAUGCUAUUUGAGAAGAAAAGCCCCCUUCUAUCGCAUGUAAUGAACUGAAUUACAAAGUUAUAUAAAUAUAUACAUGUAAUUCUGUGAAACUGUGUAUGUCUUUCAUAAAGUACUGAAAUAAACGUUGAUGAUGAUGUUGAUUAAUAAAGCGCAAUUCUAAGCUGCAGAAUGGC